AUAUUCCUCAAUAUCAAGCAAAUGUACAUCAAAAUCCUAUAAAAAAAUACAAACGCCCAGUGGAUAAAUUAUGUCUUAUCGUUUUCGUAAUUGCCAUAGCCGUGUGGAUGACCAUCUGUACUUUAGGAAUCAUGGCACCUCUAAAACACGCCAAUGACUUUAUGGCUAAGUAUUUUACUCUCCUUCGACUCUGUAUUAAUGCACCUGUACUAAGAUUUUCGUAUGGAUUCAUAUUGAGUAUUAUAACGAGUGUCACAACCAUAUGUUUAUGCACAUUUCUAAUAGCGAGAUUUACUAAAUUCUUCAUCAAAAUUGGUUUGGGAUACUGUUUCUUAACUACGAUUAUACUCUGUUUUCAAUCUGUAUAUAUAACAGUGUUGAUAUUGUCAUCUAGCCAUCCCUAUUUAAUUUUUUCACUCACAUUAUAUGUAGUGCCUAUUUCCAUAAUGUUAAUCUACAUGGUCGUUGCUACCUUUUGUUACCUCAAAACCGACAAAGUUGUACUCAGUGAAUUAAUUAAAGAUUCUUAUCAGGCCAUACUCUGCAGACCUUCAAUCGUACUUUUCGUCAGCAUUUCUACGGUAUUAUUAGCGUUGCUGUUUUUAUUUGCUGUCAAUGCACUGCUAUUCAAUAUAUUUUCCUCGCGCAGUGUGAGCUUUAUUAUAUUGAACGCAAUCAUCAUAUUAUUCGGUGCAAUCUUUGUGACGAACUUUUACUACAGCUUAUUUAUUUUGAUAGUAACUGAGUACGCUAAUUAUUAUUACUGGAGAAAAAAUGAAAAUGCAUCAUACCUUCUUCGACAGAGUGUAGCAAACGCACUGAGGAAUCACAUUAAGUCCAUUAUGUUUAUGUCUACUCCAUUCAUGCCGAUCAUCUGCACAAUAAUUCAGGCUUUCAAACACACAAGAUCUCAGCGAAAUAAUGAACGUUUGAUUGUGUAUUUUGUGAGCAAAGUUAUCCUUGUGUACAGGAUGCCCCAAAUCGCUCCAAUUUUCAUGACAUUCUAUGGAACCGGUUACGUAAAAUCUGUGAAAACAGCAUUUGAAGUGGUGUUACGCCGAUCCUCACUGUUCUUGGCUACAUUUACGGUCUGCGACAGUCUAAUUUCUAUAUUAUUGAUAUUAACGAUGAUUGAAUCAGUAAUUGCGUAUACUAUAGUUCCUGCUGGAGAUCCCAACACCAUUGAAAAUAUACAAAAUACUGCUUUCAUUAUCCAUGGAUGCAUUUAUCCAAUGAUAUGCUUUACAGUUUUAGUAUCGGCUACUGUGAAAACUAUGUUAAUCAAUAAAAUUAUAAUAUUAAAUAAAGAGGAAGAAGUUACUCAAGAACAAGUUCAAAAAGUUAACUAUGCAUAA